CGUCUAUUCCUGCGUGAUUUCGUCUCCUGCUCGGCCGGCACCAGCGGCGGUAGACUCGCGCGAUGGCUGCAACCGGACAGCUUCGUGGAUCCCUCUCAAUGCGAGGCGCUCUAUUCACGAGAAGAAAUGAGAUGCGGAUGGCCGGCGAUCGUCACCGUGCUCACGAGAGAUCAAUACGGCGAAGUGGUGCACGUGCCCGGAUUGAAGAUCGAAGUCAAGGCGGUGCCGAUCGAUAAAACGGACAUCACGGAUUCCGAUCAGAGCAGAAAGAUACGCCGCGUCUCUCAACCGGACCCCAUGACAUUUGGCGGUCACCCGCAACCAUCCUUGGACGUUCCGUACGAGGUGACCAUCAAUAAUAAAAUGUGCUUCUACGCCAUCACCAUUAUGAAGGCCUAUCAGAAUUACUCGUUCGAGGAACUGAGGUUUAUGUCACCCGCCGUGAAGAGAUCGAGCGAGAGUAUGCUGGUCAGACCUAACGGCGACGGAAGUUACAGCGCUACGUGGACACCGUCCUCCGUUGGCUGGUACUCGCUGAUGAUCACGGUGGACGGUUACAACAUGGAGGAUAAUUACAAAGUCGAGGUGAAGGAACCGCCACAAGGCAUGCAGCCACCCACUCAGAACAUUGUUAAAAAGCCUCAGCUCCAGCCGAGUAGGCUCAGAAAAUUCGUGGCGAAGAACAGCGCCGGAUUGAGAAUACGAGCUCAUCCGUCGCUCCAAAGCGAACAGAUCGGAUUUGUCUCGGUUAAUGGCACUAUAGCUUUUGUUGAUGAGAUUCAUAAUGACGAUGGCGUCUGGCUACGAUUAAACGCAGAAACGAUCAAGGAAUACUGCAACAGUAGUCAUCUUGAGGCAUGGUGCUUGCAAUAUAAUCAACAUUUAGGAAAAACUUUGCUCCUCCCUGUAGAAGAACCAAAAUCCAUUUUGGAUCAAGUUAUCAAGGAAACUAUCCUGCGGAAACGUCCUGACGCUAGCGACGACAAGAGGAAGACGGUGACUUUCGACGCCGGAAGAAGCAUGAUGGUCAUAAAAUGCGGGGCUUCCGGACACAAUAUUAGAAGCAAACCGAGCUUGAAAGGCGCACCGAUCGGAAUGUUAGCGCUUGGAAAUACGGUUACCGUUCAAGAAUAUUGCGUAAAUCACGAAGGAACUUGGGUACGCAUCGAUGAUGAUUCGGUGGCUAAGUAUUGCUUUGAUAAGAGCCGAGGUGUAGAGGCAUGGUCGCUCGCAAUUAACAAACAAACUAGCGUUAUUUAUAUGAAGCUCGAGCAGGAUUUGGAGAACGACCCAAUUGAGAAAAAACCGAUAAUACCGGACUCAGCAGUUUCACCGAGCAAUAAAGGUUUCGAUUUUUCCGUGCCUUCCGUUAGUCACGAAGGCUUUAAUUUUACCACACAAAAUUACACACCAGAUACGGCGGAAUCCAUUGAUAGUUGCAACACAAAUCCAUUUGUUUUUGGAUCGUACAAUCAACAUGACUCACCAGGAAGCGAACGCUUUACACCAGAAAAAACUGAUAGUACUUCGAAAUUUUCGAAACCUCAUUCCAAGGAAAGAGUAGCCAAAGAGAGAGAGCGGGAAAAGGAAAGUGGUGGGGGAAAAUUUAGCGUUCUUCAGAAAUGGUUGAGAGGAGAUGACAAAUGUCAUGGAGAAAAGAGAAGUUCUCCGGGCAGAGAUUUCUCGGAAUUCGUGGGCGUAUCUGUAAAGGAGUUGGUAAAAGCGAUGGGGGAGAGCCGUGCAAAUGGCAACGGAGCAACACCGCCGGAAACUCCGCGGCGAAUGUCAAGAAGUUCCUCGCCAAAGAAUCCUCAAGCUGGGUCCAGUCGACAGCCAGCCGUUUCUGGUAAUUGCCUCUUCCCUCCUGUUACUAACACACCAGGUGGGAGAAGCGCGAUAGGAGGGGGAGAGAGUAUGAGUAGCAGUCCUGUACUCUGCGGCUCCCCCCGAAGUGUCGGCCUCUCCCCGUUAGUGUCAGGAGGGAUGGUUGACAGCAUAACGUCGCAACGUCGCGGCUCAACACAGAGCGACACAAGUGCCUUGGUUAGUAGUCUGACGAGAGAUCCAUCACAGUCACCGAGCGGUAUCAGCACUACUGCCAAUACGCGUGAUCUAUCACCGAGUCCAAGUUGCAGUUCUUUGCACAUGAGAUCUGAGGGCAGUAUAGCUAGUCCGCCUGAUACUCCCAAGAAGGAAUGUGCUGAUUCGCAAGAAAGUCCGCGCAAAGUAUCUCAAGCGCAAACGCAGACAAGCCCAGAGAGCGCUACCACGGCUAUGAAAGGUCAUUUCAACAUCGGUUCAUCCGGAGUAAAGGACGAGCGACACUCACCGAAAAUGAAUAGGAGAGAUCACAUGAAAGCUGUGAAAACAAGAGCGAAGCGUGCUAUGUCACCUGCUAACGCACAACAGAGUCCCAGUCCUAAUCGUGCUUUAAAUUUAUGUAAAGACAAAGUGAAAGAAGCGAUUAGUCCUUCCGUGGCGGAAUGUCUGAGAGCUGUCUUUGCUGCGUUCCUAUGGCAUGAGGGAAUUGUACACGACGCCAUGGCUUGCGCGAGUUUCCUCAAGUUUCACCCAAGUUUACCGAAACAGGGUGCGCUAGUCGUAACCAGACAAACCGUGGUGCAAUCCAGCGACAAGCAGCAACAGGAGCAAAAGGCACGUCAAAGACACUCCGUUGAAGUGACGAACGCUGGCAAUUAUUUACACAUUCAACCUAGUACGUUGGAGACUCUCACACGAUCAGCUGCAAACGCUAAUGCUAAUAGGAGUAGAAAAAAACAGGAGAACACAAUCAAAGAAGAAAUUCAAGCGAGUACAGGCAAGCUUAGUUCUUUACCUGAAUUUCAUACGGUUGCGGUAUUACCACCGGCAUUAAAGAGUCUAGUUUUUCUAUGGGAAGAGCUCAGCAGCAAUUGCCAGCAAGCCAUCGAACAACAAUCGAUUUUACCCAGUCCCAUAUCGCAGAUACAAACAAUGAAGCUGGCGAAACGACCAAUUCCGGAGAAACGUCCCAGAGAGGACAAAGUGAAAGAACGCGAGAAGAAAGGCAGCCGGAAGAAGAAGGAAUGGAAGCCUAUUGGCAGAGCUAACACAUCUGAGGUUUUAGCGGGAAUUGAACGCGAAACUAUCUGCGAGCUUUGCGGGUCGAUGUUUCCACAUCCAGUUACUUAUCAUAUGAAGAUGAUGCAUCCAGGCUGUGGCUGGCACGCAGGCGGAAAAGGAUACAACAGCGGCGGAAACUACUGUGUGGGAUGGGCAGGCAACUGUGGCGAUGGCGGGGUCGGUGGUAGCUCGUGGUAUUUAAUCUGCGACACGUGUAGAGAUAAAUAUCUGAAGGCCAGAAAAAACAAAUUUGCAAAGAAAUUUGUAAGCGGGAUUUCGAAAAGAAAGAACGGCACGAGCAAAGUUCUAUCUCCGAUGAACAGUCCCGGUGGAAACGAGACUCAUAUUAUUAUGAAAAACAAUGCGAUGUUUCUGCUGGAUCUGGCUAGUGCUUCUGGUUUUAAUAUCCCUAAACAACAGAGACGACCAUCACAGACUUUGUCAUCCGUAGCUGAAAAUUAUAGUCCUCCCGAGGCUACUGGACCGUUUCCACCAACUGGACCAUUCCAAUGUUUGCAAGCCUUAGGUAUUCAUCACUCGCAAAGUCAUGAUGAAAGGUACUACGAAGAAACUCUCAGACGUGAAAAUGGACAACAAAAUAAUUAUGAGAGUAACAACGGCACGUUCAACAACACGAAUGGCAGACCGUUGUCGGAGUAUCCAACGAGUGAUAGUGACAAUGAAAGUGGCAAAAAUCGUAGUACGUUUCAUAGAUCGGUGUCUAUGUCUACCGGUGCACCAUGGGCAAGAAACAGUAAUGAUGGUAGAGUCGUUAUGAUGAGGAAACGAAAUAACAGCAGCAGCGAAAUGAAUAACGAAACAGGUUCUUCGCUUCUAUGUUAUCCAUCCGCUGCACUACAGAAAUUAGUGCCAUCAAUGGAUCAAUCUGCCAUAGUAUCCACUAGUCAAACUGAAGUAGCAAGUAACGAUAGGAUAGAAAUUCUCAUGAGGCCUGUAAUGUUAUUCGUUCUUCAACAGCACAACUUACAACAUCUGCAGCUUGCGAUGAAGCAAGCGUUGCGCCGUGCCGCUUGUCGAGUUUACGCGAUGCAGGCGUUAAAUUGGCUUUUAAGAAGCGUAACGCAACCAAUUUGUUUGCACGACUUACUUUGGUGGUUUGUCUCGUCUCUUACACCGGUUAUUCCUUCUGACAGUACGGAUGCAAACGAUGAUGAUAACAGAACGGAAAAAAAGGAAGAUCACGAUAUAAUUGGCGUCAGUGAACAUCCUCUAAGUGAUUUAGUGAUAGCCGGAGAAUCCGUUAAUCCAUUACCUACUGUGUUUCAUACUUUAUUACAAACAAUUGCAGAUUUAAUGCUACUACCGCCACUUGGAUCUCCGUUACAACAAGCUGCGAUUCGAUGUUGGGGUAUUCGAUUUACACCAGCAGAUCAUAUGUUCCUACAUAGAAGUCAUGUAUUUAGUAACAUCAGUAAAAUUCUUUCGCGAUCCGAGGAAGAAGAAGAUAUAACGAUGAGUAUGCACGAAAGCCACCAGUCGACAGUUUCACAGCAGAUAAGCAGUUGGGUGGAAGCUUUAAAGGAUUUAACGUCCAACAUUGAGAUCAAAGCCUCUAGUAGACAAGCUAUGAUUGGUAGCCUUACGGACAAUUCAACAGAAACAUUCUGGGAAUCUGGAGACGAAGAUCGUAAUAAAACUAAAGUGAUUACAAUUGUCUGUGGCGCACAUUCCUUACCCAGAAUGUUGUACGUACACAUCGAUAAUUGCCGCGAUUUAACACACAAAGUAUCGAAUGUAACUUUCCUAUCUGGUGUCAACGCCGAUGAAAUGAUAAAAUUAAGGACUGUAGAGAUCGAAAGUAGAUCAGCUGGAUGGAUUAACUGCCCAAUUACUGAUCAACGUCAUAUGGUCGUGGGUAUGGAAUUAAAGGGGCCAGAUAACUCUUUGAGAGUUCGUCAAAUCAGAAUGCUGGGUGAGAUCGAAGGAGAAUCUUUGAAAGUUGGAAAACAGCUAAGCGCACAGACUAUUCAGCAAAGAAAUUGCGAGGCAGAAACUUUGAAGGUGUUUCGACUAAUCACAUCUCAGGUAUUUGGAAAACUUAUACAAGGAGAGAAGCAACAACAGAUGGAACCGACGGAAGUUACUAAUGAAGAUUUAGAGGACAGUAACGAUCUUCGAGAGCAUAUGGUUGGAAUAUUAUUCAGCAGAAGUAAUUUAACACACUUACAGAAACAAGUGUGUACUCAUAUCGUGCAAGCGAUUAGAAAGGAGACUAUACGCUUGAGAGAAGAAUGGGAAACACUUUUAUGUUCACCGACACCCGCUAAUAGUGUGUUGAGCGACAAUAGUGAUCUUCCAAAAGCGGCCGAUACUUAUUGCUUCGAAAUGCUUUCUAUGGUUCUUGCUCUAAGCGGUAGUUCUGUAGGGCAAUAUUACUUAUCGCAUCAGACUGGAUUAUUAAAAGAUCUAUUGAGUUUAUUGCAUACCGGAUCGGCAAGAGUGCAGCGUCAAGUAACAUCUCUCCUGCGGCGGAUACUACCUGAAAUUAAACCUGAAACAUUAGCGAACGUUAUAAAUGUCGAUCGACUGCCGCCUACUGAUUUUAGUAUUGUAUCCGCGGCGAAUAGUGGCUUUAUUCACGCUUCAGAUUUCGAUGAACAUUCCGCCGGUAUUCUCGAUGUAUUUUUAAGCUGUAUCGCGAAAGCAUUAACUGUGCAAGUCAAAGUGAAAGGAAAGGAAAACAACGGCAAGGCGCUUCAAACUGUUUCGUUAGCUACCAGCAUCCACCCAAAAAGUUACGUCGGAACGAGAUGGUGGUUAAGGGGUUGCAUGACGCGUAAGCUGGCAGAAGUGAUAAUUCAACUUUUAAAGGACAUGGCAUCGGGUAAGUUAUCAGAAGAAUGGGCAUCUAUAACAAAAGCAGCUAUAGCGGAAAAUAUCCUAAACUUGACUAGACUGGACGAGAAGAGUCGCGAUCCUACUGAAUGCCUUCGAUCUCCAACACUAUGGUUAGCGCUUGCUUCUUUGUGCGUUUUGAAUUCGGAACAUGUAGAAAGAUUAUCAUCUGGUCAAUGGAGCGGUUCCGAAGGGCAGCCGUUGCCACCCAGGCCAACGUGUAGUAAUCACGAUGAUGACGAAACCACCGCUAUUAUUCAGUGUAACGUUUGUGGUAAUUUGUGCGCGGAAUGUGAUAGAAUUCUACAUCUUCAUAGAAGAACAAGAACACAUCUUAGACAAGUUUGUAAGGAGGAAGAAGAAGCGAUACGGGUAGAUCUUCACGAAGGUUGUGGUAGAACGAAACUGUUCUGGAUUUUGGCUCUGGCGGAUAGCAGGACGCUGAAAGCAUUGGUAGAAUUUCGUGACGGGGCGCCGAGAAAGCCAGUUGGCGCCACUACUGGUAUUUGUCGAUUUUGUGGUACUACAGGGAAUACGGGUUUACUAGCAAUAGGCAACAUUUGCGCCGAUCAUGAUUGCCAGGAGCAUGCGAAAAACGCAUGUAACAUGGUCCACUCCUGCGGUCAUAUUUGCGGGGGUGUUAGAAAUGAGAGAACUUGCCUACCUUGCCUCCAUCGUUGCUUAUCAGGAACUGAUUUGAAACAGGAUGCCGAUGAUAUGUGCAUGAUUUGCUUCACCGAGGCCUUGUCUUGCGCGCCAGCAAUUCAGUUGCAAUGCGGUCAUGUAUUCCAUCUACAUUGUUGCCGACACGUCUUGAUGAAGCGUUGGGUGGGACCACGAAUCACGUUCGGUUUCUCUCUGUGCCCGAUCUGCAAAAUACCGAUGGAUCAUCCGACAUUAUCCGAGCAACUGGCUAGUGUGAAAGAGCUCUACGAGGACGUACGAAGGAAGGCGCUAAUGCGCUUGGAAUACGAAGGCUUACAUAAGGCCGAAGGAACUUUCGCACUUGGUGGUCGUUAUCAGGAUGCCGCUGCUUACGCGAUGGAACGUUAUGCGUAUUACGUGUGUUACAAAUGUCAGAAAGCUUAUUACGGAGGUGAAGCGCGCUGUGAUGCACAGUUGGGCGGGGAAUCGUUUGAUCCUGCUGAACUAGUUUGUGGAGGUUGUAGUGAUGUGGCAAGGGCACAGAUGUGUCCGAAGCAUGGGGCAGACUUCCUCGAGUAUAAAUGCCGAUAUUGUUGCUCGGUGGCGGUAUUCUUUUGUUUCGGUACAACACAUUUCUGCAAGCCUUGCCACGAUGACUUCCAGCGUGUUACCACUAUUCCGAAGAGUGAGCUGCCCAUAUGUCCCGCUGGUCCCAAGGCUAAGCAAUUGGAAGGAGAUGAAUGUCCGCUGCACGUGAAGCAUCCACCGACGGGAGAAGAGUUCGCUCUAGGGUGCGGUAUUUGCCGUAACGCGCACACAUUCUAAGCUUCCAAUGCUGUUUUGUGAUUUUUAUGAAAUUUGGAAUUGAUGCAAAUUAUAAUAGGAUAUAAGAAUGAAACACAUCAUUUUAAUUUGCGUUUAAUUGAUAAGUUUGCAAAAGGGUAUAUUUGUUAAGUAAUAGAUAAGCCGUUUUUAUCGGUAAAUAGUAAUUAGCUAGCGACGGUAGACAGAAGAGCGCGCAAGCUUGUGUAUCAAACUUUCUCAAGUCAAGAAGGGAAUUUGGGUUAUACGUUAUCCAUGAUGUAAUAGAUAUUCAUAUUAUAAUAUGUCUCCAUAAGUAUUUUAAUUAAAAUAAUAUAAUUCUCUGUACUAUUUAUAAGAAAUGACCGAAUAUUUACUGAUAAAUAAUACUCGAAUGAGGAUUACUGUACGUAAAGGAAAUGUAUAUUUAAGAGCUAUUCUAAAUACCAUUUAAAUAAUAGAAACGGGUGAUGAAUAUCAAGACAAAAGGUUGUACGUAAUAUGAUAUAAUUACAAUAUAUAUAAUAUACUAUAUUAAGUAUAUGUAUAUUAUAUAUAUUAUAUAAUUUUAUAUAUAUAUAAAAUUUAAUAUAUAUAAAAUUAUAUACGUUAAAUUCUCUUUACGUCUGAAUGUCUCGGUAAAGCACAGUUGCUAAGUAACUUUUUAAAAAUUGCAUUUCGCGUUAUAGAUUUUUUAUUUGUUUUUAUACUUUUUCAUCAGUCGCGUGUAUAUACACGCACUUAAUAUUAUUCCUAUUACUCACCCAACAUUCAUGUCUCCUAUUAGAUACAUUAUUUCUGCAAAUGACUGCAUGUACCGCAUGGUCGUGUAAGUAUAUGAAUGUUGCGCGCGCCGUUUGUUACUAUUUACAUUCUAAGCUUGUAAGAAUUAAAUGACAAUUGUGAAAGUUAUUUUGCCAUUAUGUUCCAAGAUUUACAUUAUUUAUUUAUUAUAAUCGCACAGAACUUGGAAACCUCGCAGUUUUACGUUUCACCGAUAAUCCCUCAAACAAACCGAUGUGAUACACUUUACGCGCAUCAGUUGUUGUUAUUUAUGUUCUAAAUAUGUAAGAAGACAUUAAAUAGCGAAGAAUCAAACGAA